AUGGCUACCCCUAGUGUCCUAGCUUUCGACGCUGAGGGUCGCGCCAUUGAUUUUGAGGUCUGGUUAGACGACCUGCAGCUGUUCUUACAGUGCGACAGGGCUGACGACCUUUCUCUCUUUGACCUCACCUCUGGCGCCUCUCCUGCUCCUGCUGCUGAUGCUGAUCCCUCUGUCCGCUCUCAGUGGGCCACCCGCGAUGCUGCUGCACGUCUUGCUGUGCGUCGCCACCUCCCUACCUCUGAGCUCGCGCGCCUCCCUGACUCCCUUCGCAUCGUCAGGGACCACUUUCUCGCUGUCUGUCCCACCACCCUCACCGUCGACCUCCUCGAGAAGGCCCUCCUCGCAGCGGAGAAGAGCAUAGUCGCUGUAGGUGCUUCUCGUGGUGACCCUCGCACCCCCAUCUUUGAGGGGUGCUCUCCUUCCCCCUUGCUGCCCUCUGUUGCCUCUGCUGCUGCUGCCGACCUGCUUGGUCUUGAGUCGGUCGGCGCGGCGUCUGCCCCUAGUGGGAGACGUCGCUCCAGCAAGGGCAAGGGUGGCAAGGGCGCGGGUGGAGCUGGAGGGGGCGGUGGCGGUGGCGGCGGUGGCGGCGGAGGGAGUGGGGGUGGCGGCGGGACUAGUGGCGGGGGUGGUGGUGGUGGUGGCAGCAGCGGCGGAGACGGUGGUGGUGGUGCCAGCGGUGGUGGUGGUGGCAGCGGCGGAGGUGGGGGCGGCGGAGGUGGAGGCGGUGGAGGCGGCAGCGCAGGAGGCGGUGGUGGUGGAGGAGGUGGAGCUGGUCGAGGUGGUACCCAGCAGCGUAGCGGCGGUGGUGGUGGCCAGCGCUCGCAGCGGCAGCAGCAGCAGCGCUCGCGGGACAUCCCUCCGCCUCAGCAGCUUCGUGAGUGGUACGCUGGGCGUCAGAGGGGUGGGGGUACUGGUCCCUGCACCUACGUUCUUCGUUCCGGCGACCGCGCGGCGAUCUUUGAUCUUGAUUUUGAUGCUAUCCUUGCUGCUAUGUAUGCUGUGGAUUAUAGUGAGGAGAAUGAGGGUUACCGGUGUUUCCAGCCCGACCCGGGCAUUGGUGCUGCUGCGCUAGGUGCUUGUGAGGCUGCUGCUCUAGGUGCCAGUGCGUCUGUGCUCUCAGGUACUGGUGAGACUGCGCUCUCAGGUACUGCGUCGUCCUCGUCCUCCCUCACUUUCACACUUGACUCCGGAGCUUCUCGCUCCUUCUUUCGAGACCGCACUACCCUUACGCCGCUCGGCCGGCCGGUUGCGGUCUCCCUUGCUGACCCCUCUGGGGGUCCUGUCCUGUCUCACUUCUCCACUGUCCUCCCGUGUCCGGCUGCCCCUUCGGGCACCCUGUCUGGUCUGUACCUUCCCUCGUUCUCUACGAACUUGGUGAGUGGUGCAGCCCUCCAGGAUGCGGGGGUUCACCAGUUCACUCCUGCGAGUGAGCGGGAGACCCACUGCACGGACGCACGCACAGGCCGACACCUAGCCACCUUCUCGCGUCGGCCGGGGUCGAGUCUCUACACCCUGACCACUUCGUCUCCUCCUGUCCCUGCGUCCGGUCAGGUAGCUGCGUCAGGUCAGGUGCUUGCUGCUGCGUCCCGGUCAGGUCCUGAGUCUGCCCCCUGUUCUUGUCGCCUCCUGUCUCACGAGACUCUCCUGUGGCACCACCGUCUUGGCCACCCCUCCUUGCCCCGUCUUCGGAGCAUGGCUUCCCGUGUCCUUGUCUCUGGUCUUCCCCAGUCUCUCCCUCCUCUCCCCUCCGGGCCAGGACCUUCUUGUGUCCCCUGUGUCGAGGGUCGCCUCCGGGCUACUCCUCACUCCUCCCAAUUCCCCCCGACAGAGGCUCCCCUGCAGACGCUUCACAUGGAUGUGUGGGGCCCAGCCCCCGUCCGUGGGCAGGGUUACGAGCGCUACUUCCUGUUGGUGGUUGACGACUACUCGCGUUACACCACAGUCCUCCCCUUGCGCAGCAAGGGUGCGGUCACUGAGGUGCUGAUCGACUGGAUCCGCGAGGCUCGUCUCCAGCUCAGGAAGAGCUUCGGCUCGGACUUUCCUGUUCUGCGUCUGCACUCGGACAGAGGCGGAGAGUUCUCUUCUCGCCUUCUGCGGGACUACUGUCGUGCACGGGGGAUCCGCCAGACCUUCACACUUCCGGACUCACCACAGCAAAAUGGGAUUGCUGAGCGCCGCAUUGGCAUGGUCAUGGAUGUCGCUCGUACGUCCAUGAUGCAUGCGGCUGCCCCCCAUUUUCUGUGGCCGUUUGCGGUGAGGUACGCGGCGCAUCAGCUCAACCUUCACCCCCGGGUCUCUCGGCCUGCGAUGUCCCCAGCCUUGCUGUGGACGCGGAAGGUUGGCGAUGCGUCUGUGUUCCGUGUCUGGGGAUCUCGGGCGUUUGUCCGCGACUUGUCUGCGGACAAGCUGUCCCCUCGUGCUGCUCCCUGUGUCUUCCUUGGCUUCCCCACUGACGCCCCAGGGUGGCAGUUUUACCACCCCUCCUCUCGUCGUGUUCUGUCCUCCCAGGACGUCACGUUCGACGAGUCAGUCCCCUUCUACCGUCUCUUCCCCUACCGCACUCCUUCCCUCCCCCCUCCCCCGGACUUCCUUGUGCCGGUUCCCCCCCCGGUAGACCCCCUCCCCCCUCAGGUUCCUGCCCCUUCAGGUGUGUCCCAGGUAGACGCCGUUGACCCGGUCGAGGUUGUUGGUGACUCUGGUGCUGCUGCGGGUGCUGAGCCUGGGGGUGCUGACUCUGGGGGUGCUGUGCGCGGGGGUGCUGAGCCUGGGGGUGCUACUGCUGGGGGUGCUGGGCCUGAGGGUGCUACUGCGGAGGGUGCGGAGCCUGGGGGUGCUGAGCCGGGGGGUGCUGUGCCUGGAGGUGCUGGGUCUAGGGGUGCUGGGUCGGGAGCUACUGAGCCUGGGGGUGCUGUGCUGGGAGCUGCUGAGCCUGGGGGUGCUGCGUCUGGAGCUGCUGAGCCUGGGGGUGCUGCGUCUGGAGCUGCUGAGCCUGGGGUUUCUCCUGCUGCUGCGUCUCGCCGGGAGCCCCUCUCUCCACAGGAGCUGCGCGAGUGGUUCGCUCGCCGCUGGAGACGUGCUGCUGAGUCUGGAGUUGCGGCUGGAGCUGGAGCUGGAGCUUCUUCGACCGUCGAGGGUGCGGGUGCUGCCGGUCCCGGAGCUGCUGGACCUGCGGGUCCUCCUGGAGCUGGAGCUGCUGACGGCGUUGGUGCUGAGCCUACUGCUGUUGGUCCUGCCGCUGGAGGUGUGGGUGGCACUGGUGCUGUCGCUGAGGGUGCUGGUGCUGUCCCUGCUGCGUCUCGAGCUGCCGCGCGGCCUCGGCCGUACUUCGUUCCGCUCCUGCAGCAGGUUCUUGGUCUUUCUCCUCCAGUAGAGGGUCCACCGCCUGUCCAGUCGCAGUCCCUGCUGGAGCCUUCCUCUCCACUGCCUGCUCCCUCUCCUUACACUGGUCCUACUGGAGGUCUUGCUGAGCGUCGUGAGCCUGCGUCUCGUCCCGCGUCGCCUGUUCGUGCUGCUCGCACUAGUGGUCGCAGUUCGCGUCAGCGUCCUCCUCCUGUCCCUGGCACGCACCAGAUGUCUUUGCGUCCGUCCACUGCUCCUCUGCGUGCCCCUUUGCCUUCUCCUCCUGAGUCUUCUCUUCCUGCGCUUGCCGACCCUGAGUCGGACUCUCUUCGUGCUGCCAGUCCUACUGUCACGCGUCUGCUUGCUACUGUCGUCACCGACCCCUCUUUUGAGUCCACUGCUGCGUCUGCUCUUGUCGCUGAGCUCGUCGACUUUGCUGCUCGCUGUCGUCUAGACUACGCUGCUAGUCUUGUUGCUGAGUCUGCGUCUGUCUGUCCUCCGUCCGUCGGGGGUGAGUGUGCUCUUGGCACGGACGUCCUAGAGGACAGGCAGGAGGAGUUACAGUGUCUAGCGGCUGCUUCACCUCAUCUCGCGUCUGCAGCUAUGGAUGCAGAGAUGGCUUCCUGGAAGUCCACAGGCACCUACGUUGACGCGGUUCCCCCUCCUGGGGCGAACAUCGUCAGUGGCAUGUGGAUCUUCAGGGUGAAGCGGCCGCCGGGCUCUCCACCUGUCUUCAAGGCACGGUAUGUUGCUCGUGGCUUCAGUCAGCGGCAGGGAGUUGACUACUUUCAGACCUUCUCUCCCACCCCGAAGAUGACUACUCUUCGGGUGCUGCUGCACAUAGCCGCUCAGCGCGACUACGAGCUUCACUCUCUCGACUUCAGCACUGCGUUCUUGCAGGGUAGCCUGCACGAGGAGAUCUGGCUUCGCCGUCCACCUGGCUUCACUGGGACUUUCCCUCCUGGCACCCAGUGGAGCCUCCGACGGCCAGUCUACGGUCUCCGCCAGGCACCGCGUGAGUGGCACGACACACUGAGGACUACGCUUGCGGCUCUUGGGUUUGCUCCUUCUACUGCUGACCCGUCGCUGUUUCUUCGCACCGACACUUCCCUGCCGCCGUUCUACAUCCUCGUGUACGUCGACGACUUGGUCUUUGCCACAGCGGACACUGCUGGACUCGCCUACGUGAAGUCCGAGCUGCUGAAGAGACACACGUGCACAGACCUGGGUGAACUGCGCAGCUACCUUGGCUUGCAGAUCACUCGGGACAGAGCACGCCGCACCAUUACCUUGACUCAGUCACACAUGGUGCAGCAGGUCCUUCAGCGCUUCGGCUUCACGUACUCCUCGCCUCAGGCCACUCCUCUGCCUACUCGCCACUCACUCUCAGCUCUGCCUUCGGAUGAGUCCGUAGAGUCGAGUGGUCCGUAUGCAGAGCUUGUUGGCUGCCUCAUGUACCUGAUGACUUGCACACGACCUGACCUUGCAUACCCUCUGAGCAUUCUUGCACGCUAUGUUGCUCCUGGGAGACACAGACCGGAGCACAUGGCUGCAGCGAAGAGGGUAUUGUGCUACCUGUGCAGUACGUCGGGCAUGGGGCUAGUGCUUGGAGGGCGGAGUCCAGUGGUCCUUGCCGGCCACGCGGACGCUUCUUGGGCUGACGACCAGGCUACGCAGCGGUCGUCACAGGGUUACACCUUCAGCCUUGGUUCCGGCUCUGUCUCGUGGCGGUCUACUCGCUCGUCUUCGGUUCUCGGCUCCAGUUGUGAGGCUGAGAUCUACGCCGGGGCCAUGGCUGCACAGGAGCUUCGCUGGCUCACCUACUUGCUGACUGACCUUGGAGAGCCGCCUCGUUCUCCUCCAGUGCUGUACGUAGACAACAAGGCCAUGCUGGCCUUGUGUCGAGAGCAGCGCUUGGAGCACAGAACGAAGCACAUUGCUCUCCGCUACUUCCUUGCUCGUGAGCUGCAGCAGCGUGGUCAGUUGCGACUUGCGUACGUGGCCUCUGAGGCCAACACUGCUGAUGUGUUCACCAAGGCACUUGCGCCUUGUGACCAUCAGCGCUUUUGUACCCAGCUGGGUCUUGUGCCUGUCUUGCCUCACUUGCUCUCUUCUUGA